GUUUUCAGGUUGGUAUGCAUUAUCUUAAAAGAGUACAUUAUGAAUCAAACCCGGCCACGGAUUUGACUUCCAACAGUGCGACAAACACAACAGCUGUGGUCCGAAAAACAAGUGAGCUCAUAGCACGCUUUUUUGCCAGCCAAGGAAUUGCGCUAGAAUGUGCUCAGGAAUCACUUUUCCAAGAGCUCAUAAAACAUAUUAGUCCAAACUGCAUGGUUCCAAAGACAUAUGAUCUAGCGAAAGCUAUGGACAAGAUUUGUUCAGCUUUAAAGCCACUAGUCAAUUAUGAGAAGAUUGUUGGGCCUCUCAGCGCUACCAUUGACAUCACAGGAGAAAAUGAUCAAAAAUAUAUGGCGUUUUCCAUUCACUACUUUGAGGAUUUGUACGAGCGCAAAAGUGCAAUUUAUUUGCGGAAGUUGGUAUUUGGAACGAUUAACCCUGAAAAUAUUCUCUGCAUGCUUCGCCGUGCUGUCAACAGCUACAGUUUCUCAAAUGUCAGGUUCAGCAACCUCGUAUGUUCCAACCAAAAUGUAUAUAAUGUAUUUGCAACAAAUGGACUUGUCAAAAGAUACAACAUUUGCUUCUACAGCUAUAUUACCAAUUUUGUGGCAAACCUACUGGAAAUUGAAGAAUUUUCCAAUGGGCUAACAAAGCUGCGAGCUUUUGUUCGUUUGAUAAGAAACAAUUCGGAUUGGUACGCCAGAUAUAGAAGAAUGCAAUUGCAACACAACGGGGAAAUGGACGUACCAAGCAUUGACGAAGAGGGCUGGAAUUCCACUGCAAUUUUUUUGGCACAAUGUUUAGCUUUGCACGACAGGUUUAUUAAGUUUUGUGACCGCAUCGAGCAGCCUACCUACAUCAGUGAUGAAACAUUCAACCACCUUAUAUACCUCCAGCGCCUUCUUCAAAAAUGCAUGGAUCAUUGUCAGGAGCUCAGUGCACCAAAUAAUUCAAUUUCUCAAGUCGUGCCAGCCAUCAAGUCGAUCCGCAACUUUAUUGAAUCGAAUUCAAUAGGGUAUCAAUUUCAAGAAACAAUCCGCGAGAUGUUUACCGCAGCAUUCGGAGAAACCGAAUCCGGAGAAUUUCAGCUCCGAUACGACCUUGCCACUUUCUUGGAUCCCCAUUACGCCUAUUGCGAUAGUAUUCAUACCCAAGAGAUGUGGAGAACGCUUGAGAACACGGUCGCCUUAGAACUUGUGCAAACUGAUCUAUGAAAUGAUCCGAGCUUCUUUAAGGAUGUUUCCGCUUUGAGCUACGAAGAGCGCUUAGAAGCUAUGAAGACGGAACUUGCUCAUUAUCGUCAAAUUUUAACUGUUGAGCGACCUGAAAAACAUGAGAACUCGAAUCACUGGUGGGGCACUCGCCAGACGGAUAUGAAAUUCUUGGCAGUCAUCGCCCGUGAACACUUGGUCAGUCCUGCAGUUUCUUUAGAUGCCGACUUCUAUCUGGGGAACGGUGCUAAAUUCCAACACAUCUGCAAGACCUCCUCGUCUCGACGUCUGGAGAAUUGCUUGGAACUCGCAGGAAUCUAUCAAACAUUCCGUGGAAAAGGAUUAUCUGAGGAUAUCAUUUCUCAAUCAAUGAUUAAAACGUUGAAUAAAACGGCAAGUCGCCUACCACGACAAUUUCAGUUCGGUCAGAAGGUAGAGCCAGAUCAACAAGAAAUUGGCACUCAGCACUUUCCUCCGAUGCAUGUAGCUGCAAACUUUAAGAUUCCAAUCAUUCCAAAUGGAAAUGAGUGAUUUAAAUGAUUUCCUUUAUUAUAUUUCUACAUUUACUUGCUUAAAAAUCAAUAAAAAUUCACCUCUUGUGGUUAA